UGGUCUGGCAGAAAAGGAAGCAACCCGCCCAUUGUCCAGCCUCCUACAGUUUUCAUGCUUUCCUUCGGAGAGGCAGGAAGCGACAGUACGUUUAAGUCUUUUUUAGAAACCGUGGCAGCAGGCUGACGUCUUUAGGAGCGGGAAUUACCUAAGGAAAAACCGUUUUAUCCUCACACACGAAGAAUGUGGAAAUAAACGUAGGGAUACAAGACUCAAGAAGGAUGAGCAGGACGUUUCAAAGUGUGGACUUGUUGGCGUUAAGCUUCCUCCUCCUAAUGGUGAAAUCCCAACAAGACCCAAUCUUACCACCACAAAAUGUGUCCCUACGAUGGAUUAAUGAUUUUCUACCAGAGUGGUCCUGGGCACCACCACAGCAUUCAAAGGGAAACUGCAAAUAUGAAGUGCAAUCAAACACCAAGGACAAAAACCGCUGGAGAGGAGCGGACACCGUAAAGACUACUUGGCGUCACCACGCUGUGAUGCAAGGAGGAUAUCUGCAGUUCACGGUUAAAACUGUGUGUGGUGACAAACAUAGUACUGAGGUUGGCAUGGAAAUCGACUACACAGAGCUGGUGAAGAAUUUGGAGUGCUACAUCCAUUCCGCUAAACAAACUCACUGCUCCUGGCUCCCGGGCAGUCAUGCUCCAGAUCUAAAGUUUUACUAUCGUUUCUGGAAGGACGAUUUCACCGUCUCUCCAAACGACAAGACCACCGUCGACCUAAGAGAGUGCUCCCUGUACGCUGAAGGGGUGAGGACUGCUUGUGAUCUGGAGGCGAGCAUCAGCCAGACCAUCGAGAUCUUGAUAAAUGGAACGCAUAACAACAGCUUUGCCAGGAACACCUUCCAGAAAAAGCUUAGAAAUCAUGUGAGACCUCCUGCCCUUAAGUGGACAGUCAAUAAAUCUAAGAAUAAAUUCCUUAUCAACUGGACUCCUCCUGACAUCCAAGUGGAAUGGACUUAUAUAGUAAAUUACACCGAAUGUGUUCAAACAAAGAAUGAAUCGUUUGGACAUAGAGAAACAUCCACUGUGUUGAACCUGGUCCCUCACUGUCAGUACAGUUUUGCCAUUAAAGCAACGUCUACUGGAGGAGGGACACCUUGGAGUGAUGUAAAGAAUUUUGCUGCAGAAACGGAUCCUAACGCGUGGCUGUAUGCUGCCGCCAUCGUCCCAUUGAUGUUCGCCGGCCUGGCAGUCCUGGGUUUUGUGUGUUUCAGGAAGCAUAAGGAACAUAUUUUUCCCAAAGUGCCAGAACCUCGGGACCUUGUCAGUGAUAUUUUUGACAACAACAAUAAGAGCACUGUUUGCAACCUGUAUAUCCCGGCAGAGGAAGAAGACAACUGUAAAAUCACUCUAGUGGAGGAGCCCUAACUCAAAAAACUGGACUAAUGUCACGUCUCUGCAGGGGCAACAGUUUGAAUCCGCAGCUCAAAAAAACAGCUAAAAAGUCGCCCUUCUCAUUCUUGUACUGGCUAAACAAAGACAUUGGGAAGUGCUAACUGAUUAACUGAUGAAUGCAGGACAUCAUUAGCCAAGUGUGUCAAGGGACACAUCAACAAACAAACUGGGGCAGCUACUGCUUUCCUGUUCAUUGUUCCCAAACUGAUGCAGUUCAAAGUCCAACUUCACAAAGCUCAACCAGAGGUUGGCAACAUUUUUUUUCAAUAUAAAGUGCCAUUUGAAAAUGUUAUAAUAAGUGGUUUUAAAUUUAAAAUGUCCAUCGUAUCCAUCAUCUAGUACGCACACCAGCAGCUCCUUGUUUACAUUUGCCCAAUAAUUCCACCAUUACCAGUUCUACCAAAAAAAACAUGUUCGUUGAAUGAACCAAACAAGUACAUCCAUUCCUCUACACAACCAUUCCAUUUAUCUUAAACUGGACUGUAGGAGCCUUCCAGUUUAAGCAUUACUUUUAUACUUCUCUACAUUCAUGUUCCCCCCCCCCCCCCAGGUGCUGAAGCUAAACAUAUUCAAAAAUAGAAUUUAUUUAUUUUUCUACAACUUUUUUAGAUAAUUGAUUCAUUGUUUUAGCAUUAACAAAGCUGCCUACAUGCUAGACAUUGGCGGGUCACAGCUUGUGUGAGGAUUUGCUGCUUUUCUGUUUUUUGUACAUUAUAUACAUUUAUUGUCAAUUGAAUAUCAUUGACUUGUACUGAGCAAGUCGUUAGGUGAUGCCCUUUACAUGUGCACAUGUAUAAAGGUGUGGCCCGUGAGAAGACUGAACGCGUGCAAUCUACAAAUUCUCUGAAAACCACAUACUGUUUACAAGGAAUUCGCCAUAGCAUUGUCACCUGCUUCUUUGACAUCAGCUUGGACAAAAGCCAAGAAAAAACUUGGCUCUCUUGUGCAAUGUAAUACCUGAGGUUAGUCUUUAAACGUUCCUUAGACAGAGAGCUGCCCUACAGGUUUGCUUUAAACUGUGCUGGGUGCAACACCUUCUUAAAUAUGUAUUAUAGAGAAAGAGCUGAAAAUCACAUGGUCGGUUAUACAUUUGCACACCCACGCAUGCACAGACAUAUAAUUAUAUUGAAUGUAAUAUUCACCCGGGACAGUAAUUACUGUAACUAUGUCCACCCUCUUACUUUCUGUUGAGAAAUAUGUGAAAUUAAUGAAUCACUUGUGUAGAAAUACUAUGGUAUCAGUGAAUACUGUGUGUAUCUGUUUUCUUUAGAUAUCAGGCAUUUGGUGUUGCUGACUUAAAGGAACAGUUUGACAUUUGAGGAAAAAAAAUGCUCAUUUGUGUUCAUGCCACGAUUAGAUGAAACAACAGAUACAAUUCUUAACAUCUACUGUAUAUGGACAAUAUGUAGCUGGAACCAGCAGUGCUUAGCUUAGCUUAGCUUAGCUUAGCUUAGCUUAGCUUAGCAUAAAUACUGGAAACGGCGAGCUUUGCUUUGUCCAAAGGAAGAAAAUCUACCUACCAGCAACCCCUAAAGGACUUUUCAUUGUAGAAUUUCAAACACACUUUAAUUGUAAAAUCUACUAUACUGUUACCACAUUAAAUCGUAUGUGUUUACUCUGUUAAAAAAUGUGUGACAUUGUGGUUUUAAGGGGGAUUUUGUGCUAAAAGUAGAAAUGCUAUAAUCUACAAAUACUCCAUUGCAAGUAAAAUCCCUAAAUGUGAAAUGUUUAAGUAAAAAAAAAAGUAUAUUAGUAAAGUAUAGAAGUAUAAACAGCAUAGAAUGGAAAUACUCAAGUAAAGUAAAAGAGGAGCUCAAAACUCGUCUUACUGUAAGUACAGAAUAAAUAUAGUUACUUUCCUC